GACGGGCAGGGAGACACCGAGACGCGCGCGCACGCCCACUUAGGCGAGUAAACACGCGGACGUGAACGCGCACUGGCUAUGAUCCGCUCCUAGACGAUGGCACCGUCGGGCUCGCGGAAUGUCAAAUGGGGCUGCAGGAGAGUUUUCUACUGGAUCCCCGUCCUGUUCAUCGCCCUCAUAGUGGCUUGGUCGUACUACGCCUAUGUUGUGCAGCUUUGUGUGGUGUCAAUCGAAAACACGUGGGAAAAGGUCUUAUACUUAUUGUUGUACCAUGUCAUCUUCAUCAUGUUUAUUUGGGCUUACUGGCAGACUAUCUUCACCAAUCCCAUGAACCCCCUGAAGGAGUUUCACCUGUCCUACUCGGAAAAAGAGUUGCUGGAGCGUGAAGACAGGGGUGAGUCUCAGCAGGAGAUCCUGAGGAGAAUAGCCAAGAAGCUGCCCGUCUACACUCGCACCAACUCUGGCGCAAUCCGUUUUUGUGACCGCUGCCAGCUGCUGAAGCCUGAUCGAUGUCACCAUUGUUCAGUUUGCGAUAAAUGCAUCCUGAAGAUGGAUCACCACUGUCCCUGGGUAAACAACUGCGUGGGAUUUUCCAACUAUAAGCCGUUUAUGCUGUUUUUGUCAUAUUCCCUACUCUACUGCCUUUUUAUAACGGCUACAGACCUUAAGUACUUCAUUAAGUUUUGGAUGGCUGGAGGUCGAGCCCAUUUCCGUCUGAAAGAAUAUCUGAACGGCUUCCCAGACACGCAGGCCAAGUUCCACAUCCUGUUCCUCUUCUGCUCAGCCUCCAUGUUCUCAGUCAGCCUCGCUUCGCUUUUCAUCUAUCACUGCUGGCUCGUCUGCAAGAACAGGUCCACACUCGAGGCUGUUCGUGCACCUGUUUUUCGUCACGGCAGAGACAAGAACGGAUUCAGUCUGGGUUCCAGUAAGAACUUCCGCCAAGUGUUUGGCGAUGAAGCCAAAUAUUGGCCCUUUCCUGUUUUCUCCAGUUUAGGGGAUGGUUGCGCGUUCCCAACAUGCUUGAUGAAUACUGACCCCGAGCAGCCAUCUUCACCCACUGGCCAUAGCCCUGCAAACAGGAGUGCAGCAGAAGGUCGCCACUUCCCAUCCAAGCCAAUGAGUGACAGUCAACGCCAACUUCUCUGCAGCACCUCCUCCUGGACUGAAAGUGACGUUGCAGCUGAUGUCGACCAGAGGGGCACGAAUAACCCAGUGAUGACCUUAGAAAAUGAGGCAUAGCCAAGGAAAAGCUUGGAUGCUGUUGGAAGUGUCGGUGCUGCACCCACGUCUGUGUAAUAUGACAUGAUGUCAUCACUAGUUAUUACCUGAAAUCAAAAUAUAUAGAAAGGUUGUGGAUUUCAUAACAGCCCUGAUGGAAGAGCUGUGUGCCCAUUUAUCUGUAAUAUUGUCCACUUGUACAGCAAUGUCUCAUUAUAUUUUAUGAAACCUCUGCAAAAUGAGGCACACAUUGUUUCUCUAGCUGCUUCCUAGCAGUUUCUUAUGAGUAGUCAUUAUGUAUUUGAAGAAUGUUUGACAAAGCCCAACUGUUAAUCAAUAUACUGUAUUUUUCUAUGCGUCUGAGUCCACGUAAACAAUAAUAAAACAAAGUAGGAUAUAACAGUGAACUUUGGAAAUAGUACUUUACAAAAGCUUUGAGCCUUUAUUUACAAAACAAUCUAAAAACAACUGUUGUACCUCACACUUUUUCCCUCUUCAGUGCCCAAGGAUGCACUGCAAAAACGAAAAAAUAAAAGAAAAAAUAAAUCCCAUUUCAGUCAUCAACAUGACACUGAUUAAUAUUUCAGCACACAGCUACAAAUGUUCAUAACACUAUUCAACGACUCGGCAUUUGUGCAAAACCUUUUGAACAUGCGGUACCUCUAUGCAGCAUGUUAGAGCGGAAAUGCAACACAAAAUAAUGCAUGUAAAAAUGCCACCAUAUUCCCCACGGAAUAAUAGUGUUAUUUUCUUUUAUUACAACACUAAAACUCUGCACAAGCAACCGUAAUUAAAACAAAAUGAAAACGUGGUCACAACAGAGUAUUCAGCGUGUCUGACGUUGUGUUUCCUUGCAUUGGAGAUAUGAGGUGCAUGAAUCAGUGAUCAUUUAUGUGCAUUUGACCGCUUUGACAUGGAUAUUAAAGGCUUCUCACAUUGGGUCGUUAUGGUGCAAAGAUGAAAUAAUAAGUUGAAUUACAGUGUGUGACUCUGUGUGCAUGUGAACACACACCCAUAAUCCCUUUCUCAUUUUGAGGCAAUAAGGUAACGUGUGGCAUCUUAGUGUUGAACUCAGCAUCUUUUAGUAGCAGUAAAGUACCGGCACGACAAAUUAAAACUUAAAAAUGAUGCAUUUUUAAGGCUGAGUGUGGUAGCGAAAUGUUUUGGUAACAUUAAAUAAACACGCUGUGUUCACAAAGUAAACACAGACAAAGGCAACAAAGCAACAUCAGAUACAUUUCCAUAUAAAAUCAGGUUAGAGCUUUAAAGUGCAAAAAUAUUCGACAGAACAUUUUAGGAGAACUAAAAUCCCAUUUUUUUUUCAAGCAUGUGGAAUUGAAAGGAAGCGAUCAGAUGUUUGUGCUGCUUUGCCGGAGUAAAAGGUUAAACUCACACAAGUGUCACGUCGGGGGGAAAACUGUGGUACUUUUCCUCACUGACACUCACUCAGUUGUCUAAGACCAAGAGAGACGAUGACAAAAGAAGCGCUUCCUCCGUUGUUACCGCUGUCAUCGUUAUCCGCUUGUCCAAGCUCAGCCUCUGUGCCGCACUGGCCCAUGCAGGACGGUUGCGAGUGUCGUGUCACGACUGCUGCUUGUUGGCUUCCUCUUCGUAAGCGUUCCCUGUUCCGUUCUGGACGUAGGUGGAGCCAGAACCAAGCCCGUACAGGUGGCCACAGUACUUUGCAUCGUCGAUAUGAUCCUCAAAGAACAUCUGGUGGAAACAAGAUGGAGAAUAUCAUGCACAAAUAUGAAUAUUCUUAUGUUUAUUAUUGUGGUUGUGGUGUAGGAGUAAGAACGUUAUUUAAAUAUGAGGUCAUGGCAUUUCUACACUAAUGCACAACCUCAAAAACAAUUUAAAGAAGACUUUACGCCAUUGUUAAAAAGACACACAUAUCAGUCUUUCCCAUACGUUCAUUCAAAUUUGUACCGCCACAGAUACAUGUAGCGCUACCUGCUUGCCUUCACUCACAUACACAUUAUAAUGGGACUGUCUUUGAAUGUAGCAAAAAGGACAAGUGUUGGCCCGCUUAUCUCCAAGCCACAAAAAGAAGCGACAGAAGUAAGUUCAUUUGUAUUUCUUAAUAUUUGUUUAGAUUUUCGUGUUUUUUGCUGACUUUUUGCACAAGCAAUAAUUAGGCUAAUAACCCGCCAAAGACUUUUCAAUUCGACUGUUCCCACCUUUUUUUCCCCGAAUACUUCUCCCAUAUUUUUUAAAAUAUUCCAAUUAUUCAACAACAUUCAGGUUGUGUAUUUUUUGUGUUCAAACAAUUCCCAAAUGUCCAUAACACAGCGUUACUACUGGCAAAUUUCUCAACAGUUUCAAAGUCAAAAUGCUAAUUGCUAAUUUUAGUCAAUUGUUAGCAUGCUAACAUUAGUAUGCUAGCUUUUUUAGCUAAUAUUUCCUGGUAUAUGCCUCAAAUAUUUUGUUACUUGAUGCAUGCUAACAGUUAACAUGUUAAUAUGCAAGCCUUUGAGGUAAUCUUUGCCAAUAUACACAUCAGACGUAUAAACUAUUUGGCUAAUUUUGCAGGUAUACACCUCAAAAUCAAAUAGUGUUACCUAAAGCAUGUUAACCGUAAACAAGCUAAUGUUAACAUUAUUGUUUGCGUGUUAACAUGCUAACAUUAGCAUACCAGCUCAUUUUGCAGGUAUCGGUAUACACUUCAGAGUCAAAUAUUUUGUUAUUUCACGCAUGCUGUUAGCAUGUUUAACAUGCUAACACUAACAUGCCAGCUUUUCAGACAAUUUUGCAGGUAUAUGCCUCAGAGUCAAAUACUUUAUCUCACACAUGCUAACUUUUAGUAAGCUAACGUUAGCAUGUUAUUACCCUAGCUUUUGUUUUAGAAUUUUGCUGGUCUCCACCCAAGAGUCAUGUAUUUUGCUAGUUGUUGCUAUCUGCCUAGCAUGCUAAUUGUUAGCAUUUCAGUUCGAACGGUCAGUUAGCUUCACACCUUUAUUUAUUUCUAUCAUAAAAUCUAUCUCCAACUUUAUAGUCUAACCAAAACAUUUCAUCCUUUUCGGACAUGUUGAAUUGUGUAACUGUCAAUGUGUGAUGUGUUGAAUGCAAGUUAACACAACUACAGCAUUACCAUUACCCUCAGGAGCCUACCUCUCUCAUCUUGAAGAAAGCCAUGCCUGUUAGUAAAGAGUCCGAACCCGCCUGAUGCUGUGGGCCAAUCCUCUCUAGCUCAAGUUGCUCUGCUACUUCUUGCAGUCCACCCUGAACACGACACACAUUUACCAUACCUGUCAAUCACCGUACACAACCUUGAACUGGAAUACUUGGCAACAAUCCUACCUUCAGGUUCUUGCAGCUCUUCAUGAGGUACUUGACAUCAUAAAUGACUGGAAAAUACAAGUGAAGAAUUUCAAAGAAAUCAAGCUCCUCCUCUGGCAGUUUGGCAUUGGACAGAAGCUUGAUCAGGUAUCCAAAGUCAUAGCCACUGCAAAAAAAAGUCCAUCACAAAUAGGAAAGGUGUACACAAUUAUGUCGCAGAAAUAAAAAUUGACUUUCAAGGAGUCACUAACGCCUGUGGAAAUGUGUCUUGCCUGCAUGUUAUAC